CGUCUUCAUCAAAACACUUCGAUCUUCACACGUGUCAACAACCAUCGGCUGCCUUCUAUAUAAGCACUACAACAAGAGGUUCUUACCCCGUAUCUUCUUCUCUCCCAAUGGCGCAGUUGUUGGACAAAGCCAAGAACUUUGUGGCGGAGAAGUUGGCCGAUGUAAAGAAGCCAGAGGCCACCCUUGAAGACGUUGAUUUGAAGAACGUUAGUCGUGAAUGUGUUGAGUAUACCGCUAAGGUCAACGUGGAUAACCCAUAUAGCCAUUCUCUUCCCAUCUGUGAAAUCUCCUAUACCUUCAAAAGUGCUGGCAGAGUGAUAGUUUCGGGAACACUGCCGGACCCUGGAUCACUGAAAGCAAGUGACAAGACGAUGCUGGAGGUGCCAAUGAAGGUGCCCUACAGUAUACUGGUGAGCUUGGCAAGGGACAUUGGUGCAGACUGGGACAUUGACUAUGAGGUGGAGUUGGGUCUCACCAUUGAUCUUCCUAUCAUUGGAGACUUCACUAUUCCCAUCUCCAGGAAGGGGGAGAUCAAGCUCCCCACACUCUCUGAUUUAUUUUAGCGCUUUCCCCCCUUUUUAGCUUAUCUGUUUCUUGUUGUUAUGAUGGAGGUGUGAAAUGUAUAAUCACCACGAUUUGAGUUAAUAAUGAAUACAUCUUUUUUAAACGUCCA